AUGGGCACGGGACGAGGCGGGACCAGCAUGAAGAACAUGGAGCGGGAGCUGGUGUGCCCGUCCUGCAAGGAGACCUACAAGCAGCCGCUGGCGCUGCCGUGCCAGCACAACGUGUGCCACGUGUGCGCGGCCGAGGCGCUGGCGCCGCAGGGCCCCGCCGCCGCCGGCGACGCCGCCUCCGAGCCCUCGUCGCCCGCCUCGACGCCGGCCACGCGCAGCCCCCGCCUGCCCCGCCGCGCCGGCCCCAARCCCGACCGCCUCGACCGCCUCCUCAAGUCCGGCUUCGGCACCUACCCCGGUCGCAAGCGGGGCGCCGCGCACCCGCCGAGCUUCAGCUUCCCGUGCCCGGCGUGCCGGCGCGACGUGGACCUGGGCGAGCGCGGCCUGGGCGGCCUCUUCCGCAACCUGACGCUGGAGCGCGUGGUGGAGCGCUACCGCCAGAGCAUCGACAUGGGCGCCGCCAUCAUGUGCCAGUUCUGCAAGCCGCCGCGCCUCGAGGCCACCAAGGGCUGCACCGAGUGCAAGUCGAGCUUCUGCAACGAGUGCUUCAAGCUCUACCACCCGUGGGGCACCCAGAAGGCCCAGCACGAGCCCACGCCGCCCACCCUCACCUUCCGCCCCAAGGGGCUGACGUGCCCGGAGCACAAGGAGGAGGUGACUCACUACUGCAAGACGUGCCAGCGCCUGGUGUGCCAGCUGUGCCGCGUGCGCCGCACCCACAGCGGCCACAAAAUCACCCCCGUGCUCAGCGCCUACCAGGCCCUCAGGGAGAAGCUCAGCAAGAGCCUGGCCUACAUCCUGAGCAGCCAGGACGCGGUGCAGACGCAGAUCGCCGAGCUGGAGGAGACGGUGAAGCACACGGAGGCCAACGGCGCGCAGGCCAAGGAGGAGGUGUCGCGGCUCCUGGCGGGCCUGGGCGCCGCGCUGGACGAGAAGCGCGCGGCCCUGCUGCAGGCCAUCGAGGAGUGCCAGCAGGAGCGCCUGGCCAGCCUGCACGGCCAGAUCCAGGAGCACCAGGCCAUGCUGGAGAACUCGGGCAUGGUCGGCUACGCGCAGGAGGUGCUCAAGGAGACCGACCAGCCCUGCUUCGUGCAGGCCGCCAAGCAGCUGCACAACAGGAUGCUGAGGGCCACGGACUCGCUGCAGAGCUUCCGCCCCGCGGCCACCGCCUCCUUCGGCCACUUCCAGCUGGACGUGAGCCGGGAGCUGAAGCUGCUCACGGACCUGGCCUUCAUCAAAGCGCCCGAGGCGCCGGUCAUCGACACGCAGCGCACCUACGCCUACGACCAGAUCUUCCUGUGCUGGCGGCUGCCGCAGCACUCGCCGCCCGCCUGGCACUACACGGUCGAGUUCCGCAAGACGGACGCCAAGGCCAAGGGGCUCAAGCUGUGGCAGCGGCGCGAGGAGGUGCGCGGCACCAGCGCCCUCGUCGAGUACCUGGACACCGACAGCGUCUACGUGCUGCGCGUCAAGGGCUGCAACAAGGCCGGCUUCGGCGACUACAGCGAGGACAUCUACCUGCACACGCCGCCCGCGCCAGUGCUCAACUUCUUCCUCGACAACCGCUGGGGCUUCAACCGGGACCGCCUGGCCAUCAGCAAGGACCAGCGCGCCGUGCGCAGCGUGCCCGGCGUGCCCAUGCUCUUCGCGGCCGAGCGCCUCAUGACCAGCUGCCACCUCUCCGUCGACCUGGUCAUCGGCGACGUGGCCGUCACGCAGGGCAAGAGCUACUGGGCCUGCUGCGUGGACCCCAGCUCCUACCUGGUCAAGGUGGGCGUGGGGCUGGAGAGCAAACUGCAGGAGUGGUUCCAGGUGCCGCAGGACGUGGUGAGCCCCAGGUACGACCCCGACAGCGGCCACGACAGCGGCGCCGAGGACGCGACGGUGGARGCGCCGCCGCCCUACGCCUUCCUCACCAUCGGCAUGGGCAAGAUCCUGCUGCCGCACGGCGCGGCGCUCACGGCGCGCGAGCCCAACGGCUGCACGGUGCCGCUGCCGCCGCGCCUCGGCGUCUGCCUGGACUACGAGCAGGGCCGCGUGAGCUUCUACGACGCCGUGUCCUUCCGCGGCCUGUGGGAGUGCGGCGUGGACUGCUCCGGGCCCGUGUGCCCGGCCUUCUGCUUCAUCGGCGGCGGCGCCCUGCACCUCCAGGAGCUCGUGGCCGCCAAGCAGGAGCGCAAAGUGACCAUCGGCGGCCUGGCCAAGGGGGACUGA